AUGGACCCCUCCAUCCUUCGUGAGCUCUCGAAGCUCGACCCCGCGGUACCGUUCCGCUCAUCGACCGAUCAUUUACAUCACACAUGGGCCAAGACAUUCUUCUCGCGCCCGGAAUUGUACAUUCGCCCACAGACCAUUCCAGAGAUCCAACAGCUGGUGACUCUCGCCCGUCGCUGUCGUCGCAGAAUCGUAACGGUCGGCAGUGGCCACUCGCCCUCCGAUUUAACCUGCACCUCGUCCUGGCUUGUUAACCUCGACGACUUCAAUCGCAUCCUCCACGUUGACCCUUCCACCGGCUCGGUAACCGUCGAAGCGGGUAUUCGAUUGAGCGACCUGGGAACACAAUUGGAAAAACAUGGCCUGACACUCGAGAACCUGGGCAGCAUCGACAGUCAGUCGAUAGCGGGCGUCAUCGCCACCGGCACCCACGGCAGCUCUCUACGCCACGGCCUGGUGUCAGAAUGCAUCGACUCACUCGGCUUGGUUCUUGCCAAUGGGCAGUUAGUCCGCUGCAGCCCGACAAACAACCCGGACCUGUUCCGCGCGGGACUGGUGUCGCUCGGAGCGCUCGGAAUCGUCGUGGAGGUCACCUUCAAGGCGACGCGCACGUUCAAUAUCGCCUGGCGCCAGGAGCGGUAUUCGCUAUCUCGCGUGCUGGACGAAUGGUCGACGGGUUUAUGGACAACACAUGAGUUCGUGCGCGUUUGGUGGCUGCCUUAUGAGAAAAGCGCUAUUGUCUGGCGUGCUGAUAAAACCGACCUCCCCCUGCGCGCUCCCCCGAAAGGCUUCUACGGCGAAUCGCUAGGCUACCACAUCUACCAUAACCUGCUCGCUCUGUCCACGUACGUCCCGCGCAUCCUGCCGUGGGUCGAAUGGUUUGUCUUUGGUAUGCAGUACGGCUUCCGGGCUGGAUCGAUCGUCACCGAGGCCGUUGAGCCCGCGCGCGAGGGAUUGUUGAUGAACUGCCUCUAUUCGCAGUUCGUAAACGAAUGGGCUCUCCCGCUGGAAAAGGGCCCCGAGGCCAUCGGUCGGCUUUCCGCCUGGCUGAACGGCGACACGGAGACUGCCCGCAUCCCCUUCUCAUCCAAGGGACUGUACGUGCACUGUCCGGUCGAAGUGCGAGUCUCGGAUACCUCGCUGAACACCAAGCCCCGUCCAUUCCUGGACCCGACGUGUCGCGACGGCCCGACGCUCUACCUCAACGCAACGCUUUAUCGCCCAUACCUCCGCGACCCGCCCUGCAAAGAACGCUACUACGAAGCCUUCGAAUGGCUGAUGCGGGAGAUGGGCGCGAAGCCGCACUGGGCCAAGAAUUUCCGCACGCUAAACCCACAAGAGAUGGGCGCCGCAUAUGGGUCAGACAUGGACUCGUGGAUGAAAGUGCGCUCAGAGGUCGACGCGGACGGGAUGUUCGUGGGCGAAUGGCAUCGGCGCCACCUACCCUUGGAGCUCGGGCAGGGAAGCGAAGCCCCUGAGGGGCAGAGACUGCCCCUCCUGGAGCGCGAGCGCGAAUGUCGCAGGGUGGACAUGAGUGGCGUCGGCGAUGGCGUCGAAUGGGUAGGGGAUCGCCGAUGGCAGUUUCAGACUCAGCAACAACCCCUUGGUGCGCUGGACAUGGAGAAGAGCAUGUAUCCAUUACCGCCAGACCACUCGUCUAGUCCGUCUGGUACGGCGACCAGCGAGGAGAGCUUUGAUUUGCUUGCCAGGGGUGAAGCGAGCAUCUUGCUCCCCGAUGGACCGGGGGUGUGA